ACCAAAAUUUAAAAAAGAAAAAAUUCUUUUGGGAUUCCUAAUUUUUCAGUAUCUAUUUGGCUUUACAUUUUUGUCACUAGAAACGAAGACGAACCUUCUCUUUAGCGCCAAUCGUAGGCUGCUAGCUGCUGCACGUACCCAGAGCCUCUUCGUUCCACUUCAUCUUCUCCAAGAAAUCGCUUUAUUCUCCAUUUUUUUUUUCAGUUAAAGCUAGGGUCUCUGGUUAUCCAAACAGCCGGAGACAGCUGCAUAAGGAAGAUCGCUUUAGUUUAUGGGAGGUUUUGACUGUUAACUCAAGGGUUUCUUUCGGUUCCAGAGCUUGUUAAGAGGGAUCGAAUUCGAUAAUUGAAUGUAGUUGAUUUUGUGAUUUUGAUGUUUGAGGUUCUCGAUAAAUUUGACAAUGGCUGUGGUGAGUCCUGUGCCUGCUAUUGCCCAGGGGGUCGAUUCGAUGAGGUUUCUUGGGGCUAGAACCCCUAGAAUCAUGGCGAGCAGGAGAGAACUUGUGGCAGAGUCGGUGGCGGAGAUAAUUGAGGAGAGGAUAUUUGUUGCAGUUGGUAAAAAUGUGGAGAAGAGCGAGUCCACUCUGUUAUGGGCAUUGAGAAACUCGGGAGGGAAGAGGAUCUGCAUCGUUCAUGUUCAUCGGCCGGCGCAAAGGAUCCCACUCACUAACCUGGGCACAAAGUUUCCAGCGAGUUCACUGAAAGAGCAGGUAGUCAGAGCAUACCGGGAAAUUGAAAGGCAAAACAUGGACGAGAUACUGGAAGAAUACCUUCGCAUCUGCCGUCAAGUGGGGGUUCGGGCAGAGAAACUGUAUACUGAACUGGAUUCUGUUGAGAAUGGAAUUUUGGAACUGAUCUCUCAGCAUGGGAUAAAGAAGCUUGUCAUGGGAGCAGCAGCAGACAAGCAAUACUCGAGAAAAAUGACGUACCUCAAGUCCAAGAAAGCCAUUUCUGUACUCAAAGAGGCACCUGCUUCUUGUCACAUAUGGUUCAUUUGCAAGGGACAUCUCAUCUACACUAGGCAAAGUAAUUUAUAUGGAACGGAUUUGGAGGUUGCACCUUCAUCUCUACCUGCAUAUCCAAAUACAGAAUUUUCAAAUCACUUGAGAUCGCAGUCUGUCAAACUUCAGCAGAAUCAUCGAGUAAAACUCUCCAAUCAAGCUCAAGAUUUAUUAUUUCGGAUAAGGUCCAUAGUUCUAGAUAGACAUGGAGGAAGGUAUGCAACUCUUACUUCCCCAGGUGCUGGAGGGCUGUCAACUCCAAGGAGCAGGUCAGAUGCAGAAGGGAGUUCUGACAAAGGUGAUCAUUUCAGAAGGAGCCUUUCUGGAGGUUUUGGUCGUUUAUUGUGCUCUUCCAGUGGAAUGGCUCUGAAUCUGAUUGAGAGGUCUGAGGAGAUUGGCAAUACAUUAGAAGGGAGCGGAUUCCAUCUGUCCAAAGAGGAUAUUUAUCGCUUAUCUCCACCCAGUGUACUGGAUGGAAGCAUAGAUGAUAAUCUUUAUGAUCAACUUCGACAAACUAUGGUACAGGCUGAAAGUUCAAGACGUGAAGCGUUUGAAGAGGCAGUUAGGCGUGGGAAAGCAGAAAAGGAUGCUAUUGAGGCUAUUCACAGGGCUAAGGCAUCAGAGAACUUGUAUUCUGAGGAGUUAAAACAGAGGAAAGAAAUUGAGGUGGCAUUAGCAAAAGAAAAAGAGGAACUUGAGAAGGUGAAGAAUCACCUAGACAAAAUUACGGAAGAACUUCGAAUUGCCUUGGAGCAGAAAUUGAAUUUCGAGAGCCAAUUGGCAGAAUCUGAUCAGAUGGUAAAGGAGUUGGAAGGGAAGAUUAUCUCGGCUGUAGAACUGUUGCAAAGCUACAAGAAAGAACAGGAUGAGUUGCAGGUGGAGCGUGACAAUGCACUCAGAGAAGCUGAGGAGCUGGGGGAAAGUCAACAAGAGGUCUCAUGCAUGCACUUGCCUCAAUUCUUCACUGAGUUCUCUUUCUCAGAGAUUGAGGAUGCAACUCAAAACUUUGAUCCAUCUCUGAAGAUAGGAGAAGGCGGAUAUGGGAGCAUUUAUAAAGGUCUCCUGCGUCAUACCCUUGUGGCCAUAAAGUUGCUUCACGCCCACAGCUUGCAAGGCCCCUCUGAAUUUCAACAAGAGGUUAAUGUAUUGAGUAAGAUGCGUCAUCCCAAUUUAAUCACUCUUAUUGGAGCCUGUCCAGAGGCUUGGACUCUCAUCUAUGAGUAUCUUCCGAAUGGCAGUCUUGAAGAUCGACUCUGCUGCAAGGGCAAUUCUCCUCCUUUAUCAUGGCAGACUCGAAUACGCAUUGCCACUGAGUUAUGCUCUGUCCUGGUCUUUCUCCAUUCAGGCAAAGCUCAUAGCAUAGUUCAUGGUGAUCUAAAGCCUGCUAACAUUCUACUUGAUGCCAACUUUGUAAGCAAAUUAAGUGACUUUGGGAUAUGUCGUCUCAUUUCUCAUUGUGAAAAUUUAAGCAGCAAUGCAACCCUAUUUUGCAACACAGAUCCUAAGGGCACUUUUGCAUAUAUUGAUCCUGAAUUCCUUGCUACUGGGGAGCUCACACCAAAAUCAGACGUUUACUCAUUUGGGGUAAUAUUAUUACGCUUGCUGACUGGGAGACCAGCUUUGGGGAUAACAAAGGAAGUGCAGUAUGCACUAGAUACUGGAAAAUUGAAAACCCUCCUAGAUCCUCUAGCCGGUGACUGGCCCUUUGUGCAAGCUGAGCAGUUGGCUCACUUGGGAUUGAGGUGUUGUGAGAUGAACCGAAGAAGCCGUCCAGACCUUGGGACAGAGGUUCUGAGGGUUCUUGAGCCAAUGAGGGCAUCAUGUGGAGGAUCAUCAGCAUUUCAUCUUGGUUCUGAUGGGCGGUGCCAGCCUCCAUCAUAUUUUAUAUGCCCAAUUUUCCAGGAAGUCAUGCAAGAUCCACAUAUAGCUGCAGAUGGUUUUACUUACGAAGCAGAAGCAUUGAGAGGAUGGUUAGACAGUGGCCACGACACUUCACCCAUGACAAACAUUAAGCUUGCACACUGCAAUAUUGUCCCCAACCAUGCUCUGCGUUCUGCCAUUCAGGAAUGGCUCCAGCAACAUAUUUGAGUAACAUUUUCUUUCUACUCUGAUAUAUUUGCAUAUAGUCAGUUUUUUUUUUCUUUUUCAAAAAGGUAGAUACUGAAGAAGAUAAACUGUGUUCAGAUAUAUAGACAUAUAGUUUUCU